AUGUCUACUUCACUUGAAAAGGUCAAGCCUGUACCGGACUCCAUCGAGCUUCCGACAUUGCACUACGAUCUCGCCGCUCUAGGCUGCGCAACACCUCCCGCCGACUCCCUCGCAGAACGCGGCGAAAACUACAUCCCACCAACACCCGCAACAGCAACGGACACUGCUUCGCAAGUAGAGCUAAACCCCGACGCCGCGCAGUUUUCAUCUCUUGCUCCAGUCGACGGCGGAUUCGGAGCAUGGUCCUACCUCACCAGUGCUUUCCUCAUCGAACUCUUCGUAUGGGGCUUUCCGGUAGCCUUCGGGUCUUUUUUGGAGGCAUACUUGCGCGACGCGAGGUUUGGUUCGCAGCCGCAUGCGACGUCUUUACUGCCAUUAGUCGGGACGCUAUCGUCCGCCAUCAUGUACUUCUCAAGUCCACUCACGUACCCGCUUGCAACGCGCUAUGGCUUCCAUCGCCAAAAGGCCAUGUGGCUCGGCACCCUCAUAUGCUGGGCCAGUCUCUUCGGCGCCAGUUAUGCCACGACUGUCACGCAACUCUUACUCUUGCAAGGUGUUCUGUACUCAAUCGGCGGUUCUUUGCUCUGGCCGGCGUCGAUGACUUAUAUGCCGGAGUGGUUCGUGAUGCGCCGAGGACUGGCGAAUGGUGUGCUUGAUGCAGGCGCUUCGGCCGGUGGUAUCAUUCUGCCCCUCGUUCUUCCCAGCAUCAUCCGCGCACAUGGAAUCGCCCUUUCGCUUCGUUACAUCUCCUACGCUUUCCUCGCCGGAACCGUUGUCUGCCUUCCGUUCCUCAAACCCCGCAUCCCCGAGCGCGGAGUGCCUGUAGCGCCUGUCAGGAACGCCACGAACAAGUCAUGGCUUAGGAACUCGUACUGGUGGCUCGUCGUCACCUUCAACACUGUGCAAGGUUUCGCUUGGACCAUCCCGCUCAUCUAUCUUCCGACAUAUGCCUCGGAGAUCGUGGGCGUCUCAGCGUCCGGUGCUUCUCUGUCGCUGGCGCUGCUGAACGGGAUGUCUCUUGUGAGCCGUCUGAUGUACGGCACAUUGUCCGACUACAUCUCGCCUCUGCUACUAGCGAGCGUCUCUGCAUCUGGCACUGCCAUCAUCACGUUCACACUAUGGGGCGUGGCCGGUAGCAGCCUAUCCGGCAUCUUGGCUUUUGGCGCCCUCUUCGGCAUCUUGAUCGGUGGCUGGUCGUCGCUCUGGACUGGGUUCAUCCGCCCCGUAUCGAAGGAUGAUAGGAGCCUGUUCAUGACGCUCUAUGGCGUACUCAUGUUUUCCCGCGGCCUUGGCAACGUCCUGUCGACGCCCAUUUCAAACGCGCUCCUGACGCGAAGCGCCGUCAAACUGAGUGCACGCGCUUUUCUCGUCACGCGGGCCACAGGGUUCGAAGUCGCGAACGGGCGCUUCAACCACAUCAUCGUAUUCACGGGUGCAUGCCUGGCUGGUACUGCUGCGCUCUCGCUCGCGGCAUGGUCGAGGGAAGUCAGGAGGAGGGCUUGA